GUCCAUCGACAACGUGGUGCCAAUCUGUCAUUUGUCUUUCGUAGCUUGACCACAUAUUUUGCACGCCAUCGUGGAACUCUGCUCUCGCGCGUUUUGUUUUGAGUUUCCUGUGCUGUUGUAACAACGCCCUGGACUUCAGAAGCUUUGGGAUUCUUCGGUAGUUUUUGAGCUACCAAGGGGGGAUGCUCUGUGUUUACAGUUCCAUCCUUCCUUUGCAUCAUGAAUGCCACAAUCGGAUUUCCAAUUUGGGUUUCGGAUUAUUGAAUCUGCAGGAAGGUGGUGACGACUCUUGCGGUUUUGGAGAAUGCAACUCUUUGAAUUGCAGAAUGCAUGGGGCGAAGUGGAGUGGUUUUUGGGGGGUUAGCGUGGAGGCGGGUCUCAAAAACCGAGGGGAAUGGAGAUUUUGAACCGUCUGCUUCGAAUUCCCGACUAGCUCUGAUGAGAAGGAUUCAGAAGGUACUUGAGUAUGGGUUGGAAGCUGCUUGAAAUUAGGGCCAGCGAAGUUAUCCACGUGAUUCAACAACUUACUUGAUCCGAAACCUUGGAGAAGGUGCACUGUGCAUUGUUAUUUUUAUUUUUCUAAAAUGAAUACACGGGAUUUCACCUGGAGAGUGCUAAAAAGCAAGUGGUUCAUCCUAGCAGCAGGGUUGUGGAUCGAGAGUAUAGCUGGGGCUGCCUACUCUUUCGGUGUGUACUCUCAAAGCCUCAAAGUAGCACUUGGUUAUGACCAGCAAUGGUUGGAUACACUGGCGUUUUUUAAGUCAAUUGGAGGUAAUUUUGGAGUACUAUCUGGACUUCUUUACGAUGUGGCGCCACCAUGGUUGGUUGUACUCGCUGGUGCUGCUGAGUGUUCAUUCGGGUACUCCAUGUUGUGGCUGUCUGUCACAAAACGCAUCCGUCCGGCUUUUUGGCAGAUGUGCAUAUUCAUAGGUAUGGCCAGUAACUGUAACACUCUUUUCAGUACUGCCUGCGUUGUGACUAACGUCAAAAAUUUCCCCAACAAGAGGGGUCUGGUCAUCGGUUUGCUGAAGGGCUUCUUGGGGCUGAGCGGGGCUAUCUUGACUCAAGUCUUCUUUGUCAUGUACCCGAACGACCCGAGUUCCUUUCUUUUGUUGAUCUCAUGGCUCCCAGCGGUGGUGUCUAUAAUUCUGGCGCCUGUCAUUCGUGUGGUGCCCGCUUCGGAUGGAGAUAAUGCCACUUUCAGAGACUUCUCAACAAUUUCCACUUGUUUAGCAGCGUGCCUCACUUUGGUUAUUAUUUUAGAGAAUGUGUUGAAGAAUGAUACUUGGCCCGUUUGGAUUGCAUGUCUUUCUCUGCUGGGCUUUUUUCUCUCUCUCUGUGUGGUAAUCAUCAAAGCAGAGGCGAAGGAUUACAAAGCAGAUUUGAUAAAGGGCCGUGUUCGAGGUCAGGGCUCGAUCUCAGAGCCACUGUUGAGGAAUGAUGACGGCAGGCACCCAUAUUCACGUUGUAGUGAGAAUCAGUCGUCGAGCGUCCAUGCAAAGCUCGAUUGGUCUGCUUCAAGUGAUCCGGAGAUACCGGAAAGUCCAAACGAGGGCGACAACCCUUUAUCCGAACAAAUUGAAGAAGUUGCAAAACCAAGCGACGGUACCAGUGCAGGAUUGGAUCAGUCAGUAGGGGUACCCCGAAGAGGGGAAGAACACACACUUAGUCAAGCAAUUUCUUCGUUAGAUUUCUGGCUGCUGGUUGUAGCUAUGUUUUGCUCGAUGGGCUCUGGGACAACAGCCAUUGACAAUAUGGGGCAAAUCGGCUUAUCUUUGGGUUACGAACAGGUCGAAAUUAAUACAUUCAUCUCUUUGAUCAGUAUAUGGAACUUCUUGGGCCGCUUUGGAGCAGGUCUCAUCUCAGAGCUUCUCUUGCACAUGCGAGGCUAUGGCCGACCUUUCUGCUUGGCAUUCAGUUUGGGAUUGAUGUGCAUCGGCCAUCUGGUAAUGGCAACCGCCGUGACAGGUUCUUUGUAUGUGGGUUCCAUCAUCGUAGGAGUUUGUUAUGGAGCGCAAUGGUCGCUGAUGCCCGCUGUAACGUCGGACAUCUUUGGGCUACAGCACUUUGGGACCCUGUACAAUACCAUCGCAAUAGCAAGUCCAGUUGCUGCAUACGUCUUGUCUGUGCAAGUUGCCGGGUAUUUCUAUGACAAAGAGGCACACGAGCAGCAUAAACCUGCGACAUUAAUAGGAAGAAUUCCGAGCCUGAUAAGCUCUGGCAGUGAUAACCCGUUGUUAUGUCAUGGGCCUAGCUGCUUUCGCACUACUUUCAUCAUUUUAGCACUGGUGUGCGCAUUUGGGUGUACUGUUUGCCUGUGGCUGUUUGCGCGAACUAAACGAUUCUAUGUCCAAGUUCAUGAGAAUCUGCACAAGGUCGAGUUGAGAUAGCCCGCGUUCAAAAGUAGCCUUGUGUAUUCAGGAUUUAGGAUUUAGGCUUCCAGCCCUUUAUAGUCUUCUAAAUUUUUUACCUCUGUUCCAGUACAACGAUAGCUUGGGCCUAUGUAUAGGUAUUAAUUCCUGGGAACGUGGCUGCCGGUAACCUCCACUUCCCAUGAGAAACAAGGUUAAAGUUCGAUCUUACGAUGUAAUGUGCCAAUUAUUUGAGAAAGAAGGAACCAUGUAUCGAAAGAUGCCCUUGAUGCAAGUGUUCGAUACUGGACUUAGAAUGCGUCAAAACACAGAAGUCGCAUGAAACCAUGCAUGUUUAUUUAAUCGUCAGUUUUUUGCUUACACAAUGUUUUCUUCAUUUUUCUGAACCUUCCAAAGCUAGUAAUUCUCGCAAGUGGAAUCAAAUGCAGGAUUGCCCUUGUGGUUGAAGAAUACGUAAAAGCACUACGUCUUAAUAGCUCGGCAAAGGAAGUUAAAAGUUAGCUUCUAAAACUCUGCCUCCCACAAACAUUAGAGUAUGAAAGUACUAUGUGGUCACUUGUAACCUUGAUCUAGAUUUCUCAACAAAUACGCCCUGCAGGUUGGAGGGUGCGGAUCCGUCUCUGUUUCGCAACCUGCUUGAUGGCAAGCACGUUUGACGAAGGCAUGAGCCAUCUAGCAGCUGAUGUUCAUAAUCUCCAUUACAGUGACCACGACAUCCAUGCACUUAAACAAGGAUCGAUGCUGAGGGACCCAAGUUUUGUUAAUUAUCGGGGAUGACUGAGUAACCUUGGAAGUGCUUUCUUCAGAGAUGGAUGAGCUGAAGAGUUAAUCCAGCGAGAUUGAAAAUUUAACCGGGGUUCAGGGAAUCUUUGUACAACCAGCGAAUCGCAACAACGAGGUCUGUGAGGGGUAUCGAUGAUUCAGGAGGACAGUGGACGAGGUCUGUGAGCGGCACCGAUUAUAAAACUGGGGUGUCGACAUAGCAAACCAUGGCGUGAGGGAGCUCAUUCGACAGGAGACUUUUUUCGUGAGGAGGCGGAGAGUUGGCAGAUCUAUCAAGCAGAGGAACGGGCGACGCCGCCGCCGUGUAAUUUUGUAUUGGGGUUUUUUUUUGCUGUUGGCGCAAGAUCAGAGUAGACGGGUAGCUCAGAACGAGCAGGUGGUAGGCGAGAACUGAGCAAUGGCUCAGUAACUUUUUUUCAGAUCUAGGAAGGAGCGGUAGCAGUGGGUCUUGUGUCGUUCGGAAGCUCCGACACACAAGAUUCUAGUGGUACUACUGAUGCACUUGUUAGAUCAGCAUUGAAUCCAUAGAGUGCACAAGUUGAAUAUUGUGAUUUGAAUGUCGUGAAUUGCUGCGUGAGCUUACUGCCUUCUGAUGUGAACGUCGCCAGUUGUCCUCUAGAGCCUGGAUAGGAUAUUGCACGAUUGCCCAAUACAGAUAGAAUUCGCUACGGAUGUGAAUCGGUUUUAUUCUUGGAUGGCCUUGGAUUUUCUUCGAUCUGUCUUUAGGAUAAGUAAAUUUCGGGGUAGAAUUUCAUGCGGGAGGAGCUGCUUAAUGUUAGCCUCCCGAAAAGUUUAGGAUUCCGAAAUAUCUGGCAACGAAUCGAGUGACGAGUGGGCAGUUUGGACCACGUAACUUCGGAAGAACUUCGGAUUGAAGAGAGGACUCAAGCAAAUAGGGUGGAAGGUGGAGUGUUAGAUAAGUGGAUGAUGUCAAUAAAAGAAUUACAAAAAAGUGAUUUUAUUUUAUUUUA